AUUUUUGACCUUGGCCAAAAAAUGGGGUGGGUAACGGAUUUUGUGUUGAUAUAUUGAAUAAAAGCCAAAAACAAAUAAAUUCACGCCAAAAGAAUACAAGUACCAAAGAAUAUGCAUUUAAUAAAUCGUCCAAACGGUGUUUCCAAGUCAGAAAUCUGCGCACCGGCCCGGUUGCGCUCGUCGGAGUGGAGGCAAUGAAAUCAUAAAAUCAUGAAUCAAACGUUUGUUUCUGACGGCUGAGAGUAAACUGUGAUCGUUAGUCAUGCCUCGUAGAUCGCUGUUGCUGCUCGCGGCGGCUGUGGUGAUGUUGUAUUUCCUGAUAAUCAUGUUUAUGUUGAGUCCGCUGAAUGGUUCGAAGAGUACAUACUACGGGCAUGGGUAUAUGAAUCACUUCUCGUACCGCCAGCUGCCGGCUGUUAACUGGUGCAAGGAGCUCCGCUGGCGGUCCCCGCCGGCGCCCCAUGUGGUGGCUCUCGUCUCCUACCCUGGCAGCGGGAACACAUGGCUUAGAUAUCUGUUGCAGCAGGCUACAGGCAUUGUCACAGGCUCAAUAUACAUGGACCACAGUCUACGAGUACAUGGUUUCCCAGCUGAGAAUAUCACGGACGGCUCCGUGUUAGUCGUCAAAACACAUGAAGCCCCGCCCAUUGGCCGUGACAAGUUCAAAUCAGCCAUAUUACUUAUAAGGAACCCAAGAGAUGCUAUACUGGCAGACUUUAACAGACUCCACAAGGGCCACAUAGGAACUGCACCCAAAUCUGCAUUCAAGAAGAAGUCACAUGAACAUAAAAAAACAGACUGGGCUACCUACGUGUCUCACGAGCUGGUUGGCUGGGAGUCUCUUCACCGGUUAUGGCUGACUCGCUUCGCUGGGGCUGUCCAUGUGGUGUUCUAUGAAGCUCUGGUCCAGGACACUAGGGCAGCGCUGCAAGGGAUACUGGGCUUCAUUAAUCAUACUAUUUCUGAGGCCGACAUGAACUGUGCAAUAUCCUUCAAAGAAGGCAUAUACCGUCGGAAGAAGAAACUCCAAAACUUCGAUCCGUUCACCAGUGAGAUGUACAGUGCGUUGGACGAAGUAAGAAACAGAGUCCUGACGAUGGUGGUGGACUAUCAGAAAAAACACAACGAAAGCGUAAGAGAUAACACGGUACACCAACUUAGCGGGUAAUGUAAUGUAAAUAACUGUAUGUAAAAUACCAAGCGUUCUUAGAAGUUAUAUGCUAAUGAGCUGUUUGUGACGUGGCAAAUAACUAUCAAUGAGUACUUAAUUCAGAAAUGUCUUGAGCUGAAAUUCUUAGCAACAAAAUCAUUAUUAAUUAUUAUGCAACAAAAUCAUUAUAAAAUAUUAUUACUUACAUUAUUUUACGGUUUUCAAAAAUAUAUGAAUUUAGCAAUAACUGAAUAAAGGCCGAAUUAGUAAUAAUAAAUAGUGUAAGAAAAAAAUGAAAUAAAACAUAAUUUGUAAUCUUAUUUAUGUACACAUCAAACACCAUACAUACAUAAAAUGAAUGGUUUAAAUAUAAAGAAACCAAAAACUUAACUUUAUAAUUAUCCUAAGCAUAAGAACUUACCUUAAUAAUUCCUAGCAUAAUCGGCCUAAGGCAAAUAAAUAAACAUUAUAAUAGUACAACUGAAACGGGGUUGUGAUCUAAAACAUAUGAUUACCCCCUUAUUUCUAAAAAAAAGUAUGCUAUGUUCACAUUUAUAUUACGAGGCGUGACUAUCGUAGUAAGUGUGAAUGAAGCUUUAGUGACAUUUGUUUAUAAAGUCCGGUGCCGAGCAAAUAUAAUUUCGUUCAAUGACCCCAAGCUACCCAUCCUUAUCGCUCGUGCGACGGGCGGCCGCAGUGACUGUGCGAGCGCGACACCAAUAUCAUUAUGCGCGCGCGAUAAGGAUGGGUAGCUUGAGGUCGUUAGACGAAAUUCUAUCUGCUCGGCGACCGGACUUUAGUAGUGCAUAAUAAAUACGAAAUCAUCACGCCUAAGAACAAAUAAGUGUAAACUAGGCAAGUUCACAUGGCUUGAAUUUUCUAUCCAUUUACUAACAAUAUUCUGUUCUUAGUAGUAUCAUUCCUAUCAUUUUUGUAUUGUCUAUCUCUGUCGUUUAUGCCAGCAUCUCACUAUGAAUAAGAAAGAUAGAUAUAUUUAGAACUACUUGUCUUGCAGUAGGUAUGUGUUUUCUCUAAGGGGAAAUAUACUACGAGACAAAUUUAAAUUUAAAUUAGUUUUAAUAUGUGUUGAGCCUAAGAAUAAAUAAAUAACUUUGUUUAAUAUUUUUCACACCUGUUAGAAAGUGUUGCUCUGUUUUAAGUAGUUAAAUAUUACAAACACAAAGAAAUAUCCCAAAUAAUUGCUUCUUAGUUAUUUACCAAAUAGUGUAAGGAAAUGUACUGUAGUAUGUGUUUCUAUAGCAAAGAGAUCCAAAAAGUACGAAGAAUGUAAGUUUGUGAAAUAAUUUGGUAUAGUCAACAUCAAAAUAUGUUUAUAAUGAAAUAUCUUUUCAGUAAAGAAUAUAAUGGAUGCUGAAUGUACAAAAUCUUAGCUUAUAAAAUAAACCAAAUGUUUACUAAGGACCCUGACAUACAGCUGGAUUUUUUAUUUUAGUCGCAACGCUCGCACGCUAGCUGUGUAUCAGAUAAAUUAGCAAAAAAACUAGUUUAAUAGAUAAAAGUAUACUUUCUAGUCUAACUACCUCUGUAAUUAAUAUUUUAGUUAUAUUUGUCAUUCCUAAUUUACAAUUCAAUAGUAAAAACUAUGCUUUUAUAAAGUGAGGCGAUUAUCACCUAAUGAUUUAAGUAUCGGAUUGAUACUUCAGUAGUUUAAUUCUUGACGACUUUUGUGAGGAAUCCAUUUAAAAAAGCAUAAUUUACCUUGUUUAUGGGAUUAUGACACUAAUCCUACCUAUCAUUCCCACUAUUGCAACUCCUGUAUAAAACCAGGAUCUACAGUUUUUGUCUUUAAGGAAACCCAAGCAUUGAAGGUUGAAUAGUCCCGGGGACUAACGGGAAUUAUUAGUAAUUUAUUACUCACUAUAAAAAACAUACUAUGUUUAAAAUAUGAGUGUAAGAAUAUGAAGGCUAGCCUAUCAAUUUACGCUCAAAAAGUAUUUUAAUAUGAACGCAAUCAACGAAAUGUAACCACAGUUCAAAGGGCCUAAUGUCUGCACUCGGUUGAUCAAGCACAAAUGUGUUAGUUAAACAGUCCGCGUUAAAUAGCACAUUAAUUAUACAUUUUAAGCACGCCUUGACGUCACGGGCCUCUUCUUUUGAAUUUUGGCGCGCUUUAUCUCUUUAAAUUUUCAUUAAUUUAAAAAGUGAAAAAUACGUGUCGAGUAUUUUUUGAUAAGUUAACCGACGGAUAAUUCAAACUCUUGCUUUUUUUACCCAGGAAACAUCCCUAUUGUAACAUAGAUAGAUGUGUUGCGAACUAUUUGAGGCUGACUGUACUUAGUGUAGUGAGCACUUGAUUAGCAGCUGUUCAGUAUAAAAUUUGCACAAAUAUUAAGUAAGAAUUACAUAGUUUAUCAACGAGAAUAUUAAUUAACGCAGUUUAUAUAUUCUCGAGUGCGUCUGUCGCUAUUACUUGCCAUGAGUAAAAGGGAUAGUUAUAUUAAAAAAUACGGAUUCUGCGUUAGCGAAUAGACCCGCAGUUGUGAAUCUAGUCUUUCCAAAAAAGCGAAACUUGUAAUUAUACAUUCUUCUUAUGUUGUAGCAAAACCUUUGUUGAAGAAAACUGUUACACCCGUAUUCACAAACAUUACUAUGAGGUCUCACAGUGCGCGUGGACGCAUAGGGUCACACACGAACCAAUCACAGAGCUUCAACGCUGUGCGUUCAAUUUGCUGCUUCACUUAAGCAAGCAUCGUUUGUGAAUACGGGCGUUAGUCGACCACCUCGAAAUUCGUCAAUAUCUAUGUAGUCUAUGGGCAGAGGCCUGUCACUAAUUAGAACUUUAGACAGAAUUAAGGUAGUGAGAUAAAUAUUUAGAAAGCAAAUAAUUGCAUUUUGUUUACCUUGUUUUGCGAGAGAAACAUAUCGAACUAAACAAGCUAAAUAAGGACUAAGGCACAGUAUAAAAUGUCCAAGGAUAUAAAUUUAUUUAUUAUUACAUAAAAAAUAAACAAAACGAUGAUUAGUUUGUAGGAGUAGUAUUUUUUACAUGUUUUAUAUUGCAUCACAUUUUUUCACAAUUUUGUUGAAAUUAUUGUUUUUAUUAUAAUGUUGCAUAUUUUACAAUGAUCUAUAUUAUUUUUAAUAUCCGUUUUCUAAUAAUUGUGUUGUUACUUUUAUUUGUUAUUAUUAUUGUUUUCAUAGUCUUCCUAUUUAUUUUGUUAUAUUUAUAAAUUAAUGUUUGAUAAGAAAAUUUUAAUUGUACUUUGUUAUUUUAUAGCUUUUUAAGCUCUCUAUACAUACGUCAGCAUAUUUUUAUUAGUAUCUUGAAUAAUAUUUUUACAAGUUUUUUUAUGGGAUGUCCCAUAGAUAUUAAAAUAAUGUGAAAAUAAUUCCCAAAAUAUUAUAGGAUUUAGUUAUGAAUUCCUAGUAACUAGGCCUAACCAAAAUGUUAGUAAUAAUGUAUUAGGACUCACCUGUAGUGUGCUUGCUACACGAAAUUGGAUAAAUAUACAGGGUGAUUGCCGUGCCAACAUUUGUCAAACCUAUUCCUAUUCUUACUAAAAUCGAAAAUAAAUCAAUGUCUAACUUCAUAGGCUGUACGUCAACUAUAAUAAAAAAGUCGAGCAAAUAAGGCUCUUAAACUAAGGGCAAAUAGAUCCUUGUUCACUGUUGUGUCACUUUAUUAUCUACCAACUAAUUUGUGCAUCUUCGAUCUAUGACUAAUUUUUGGUACGAAAUUCUGUUAUUUGUACUCUAUUCUUCACCCUGUGUAUCACUGGCUACUUACUUAUUUAUUGUCAAUAGAUUAUUUACUUAAUUGUUUACUGUUAAUUAGUUCUUAAGUAUAAAUAAGAGAUACAUGCUGAAAAUAAAAGGUGUUUUACUAAA